UUUUUUUAAAAAAGAUCCGAAAUCUCAUUCUCUCCGUUCUUGAUUCGAAAACUUAAACGUUGUGAUCCAACGGUCAACAACUGCCGUGGUAAAUAUAACCGCCAAGUUCCCGCCAUAUUCUGUCCUCACUUUAAACCAACUCUUUUGGGCUCCUUCAUCCCCUCCGUUUUCCUCCAUCUAUAUUGUCCCUCCCACUGUGGCUUCUCCACCUUCUCGGCCUCACUUGGCUUGCCCUGUGUUCGCCGCAGGGCCAGCCAAGUGCCCGGCAAUCCAGCAGGAAACCGGAGGAGUCUCCCUCUGGCAUUGCCGAUGGAUCGUUUCCAGCCAUUCGAUUCUCUCCCCAAUUCAACUGAAUUCCAUUCUCGAGAUGAUGAUGUCCUCCAAUUCCUUGAAUUCUCAGACCCAGACUACGGCCAACCUCUUGCUCUCCCUGCACCACCCAAUGAUGAAGCCACUAUGGAAUUGCCUGACAUGAUUCAGGACGCAUCAUUCUGGGAUUUUGAUGUUCAGCAGCCAGUAAAUAAACAGUUUGUGUUGGCCGAUCAUGGAGUUGGGAAUUUUGAAGCCAUUCCACCGGUCAAUCACGAGAUUCCAGCAACAAGCACCCCACACCCACAGGUCCCGCCGUCUACUAUAGAUUGCAGCGGAUGCCAGGUGUUGAGAGAAGUGGUUCAUUCCAAUGGAUCACAAAAUUUGAAGCUUUCAGUCCAUGGAGGGCCUGGCACUUUCUAUCAUGCGAUACUUGAUGUUUACCACAACAUCCAUGGCUUUCCACCGGCUGCAGAGCAAUCGUACAUCGAUCUCCGCACCCGAAGCUUCGAUUGGGUCAAGAAUUUCCUAAUCAACUAUGGCCUGCUUCGAGUGCAUGAUAAUUAUGUUAUCCUGCAGGACACCCUCUCUGUCUUCUAUGAUGCUUUAUGUGCAAACAUGAGAUAUGUGGCAGCCAGCACUGAUACUGUCAAUGUAUCAACUUCACCAGAAUCAGGGUUAUGUCAAUCCAGACCAGUAGAAGUGGAUUGCAGCCAUCCUGUUCGAACCCUAAAGACUGGAAUUGCUGCACAGAGGGAGAGAACUGGAAGUAUGCAGCUAAGGGACUUGAUUGAUUAUUUCCACCUUCCCAUAGCUGAUGCUGCUAAGGAGCUUGGCAUAUGUACUACUGCUCUUAAGAAGAUUUGUCGAAAGCAUGGAAUGCCCAGAUGGCCUCACCGAAAGAUCAAAAGCAUAGAUAAGAGGAUCUCAACCCUGCGACGAGGUUUGCAUCCUGAAGCUGAUGAAGGAGCUACAAGAACUCAAGUUGAGAUUGAGAGGCUCAAAGUUCAAAAGGCACGGAUUUGUGCUGCUCUACCACCAUAGAUUGGCAUGGGGAAACAUCAUGUAUCUAAAUCAUGGAGGUUGUAUUGGCAAUUGCUACAAUGGAAGUGAUAUUGUCUACAGAUACUUUGACAUGAUUAUUAAAUCUGCGAAAUAAAGACAAGGAAGAAGUGCUUUUUUGCUUGUUUA